CGAUAGGCCCCCAGCUGGAUGGGGAGAUUUGCACAAACGGUAAUUAUAUUGUCGUAAAUACGGGAUCAUAUUAUCAAACUUUUGCACUUUGUUAAAAAUCUGUCUUUCGCAUGCGACCCUUCAAUCGACGACUGCGUUUCUCUCUUUCGCCGCUCAUACGGCAUUCACUCGUUCAGGCUACUUAGAUGGCAGCUGGUCCUUCCUUCGCUCUUUCAUAACGGUGGGAACACCCGCAGCUCGUUUCAUGGCUCACCCGGGAGCCGGCCAGGUGGUCGGAUGGUACAUCUGUACGAUCGCAGCAUGUGCGGUUUUCGUCACGCGGUUGGUCGUGCGAUGGCAGAGAUUCAGCAAGUUUUACGUCGACGAUUUCCUCGUUGGGACGGCCUGUCUGUGUUUGAUCGGCGAUUUGAUUAUCCAGCAUCUCAUGUUCAAUUGGGGCAUGACGGACAUGGGCAAUGCUUCGAAAGAUGAUAUAACCAAUAUUCUCAAGAUGAUCAUUCCGGGAUCUACACUUUACGUGACUUCGCUAUGGUUGAUCAAGGCUGGCAUGGUUUUCUUCUACAAACGGCUGGCGGAUCGAACGCACUAUCAACGCAUUUACAAUGUCGUCCUUUGCCUUCUUGCCGCUACAUGGCUUACGAUCUUUUUCAACAUCAUCUUCAAAUGCUUUCCCGUCGACCGCAUCUGGGACUUGGAUCACCCGGAGCGAGCAUGCUCCAAAAAACAAAGCCGGAUCAACUACUGGAUCACCAUCUUAUUCAACAUCUUCAGCGAUGUAAUAAUCAUCUGCCUCCCCAUCUCCCAAGUUCUCCGUCUCCGCAUGCCCUUCAAACAAAAAAUCGGCGUCUGCUCAAUCUUUCUCCUCGGUAUCCUCGUUGUAAUAACUAGCAUAAUCCGUGCCAUCUUCUCCUGGAAAAACCAACAAAUGAUAACCUGCACGGUAUCCAUGAUCGAAACCGCCAUCGCAAUCAUCGCGAACUCCCUCCCCGUCCUACGCACGCUUUUUUUCGGUUCGAAGUCCCGCGGCGGGACCUACUACAGCAGUCGUGCCUAUGAACUCUCCCACUCCAACGGUCCCGGGAAGCAAGGACCCCUGAGUAACGUUACAGCGUCGGGGGCGUCGAAUGCGGUUGUGGAUCGGAAUGGGAUGGAGUCGGGGCUCUCCAGACAUGAUUCGGAGGAUGAGUUGGUCAAGGAUGCGGGUUCAGUGCCGGUGGAUGGGAGGUCGGGUAUUUCGGUUACGACUGAGUAUCAUGUUUUCCAUGGGAGGUAUUCGACGCCGAAUGUUAAUGAUAGGUAGUUUUGGGGUUGUGUUUGGGGUGGGAGGGUGGUGUAUGUAGCAUUUUAAUAGAUUUUGGUUCUUGGUUUGAUAUGAGAUUAAUGUUUGUAUGAGUGAUAUGGGCUAAUGUAUAGUUUAAUUUGAGAAAUGCUUCGCAGGUCUAGGCGCUAGAGUAUAGAUUAAACAGAGGUAUUGCUCUACUUGUUUAGAUUAAUGAUAUGUAAGAUUGUGUAUGAAACAUACACGUUCAUUCCAAAAGUAGGGUUCUU